AUGAAAGAAUUUCGUAAAAUGAUAAUAUGUUUUAUGGAACAAACUUUUAUUUACUUCUUAUUUUUUAUCCUGCAACAAAAAAUAUAUUGCUCUUACAAAGAUAGUAAUAUCAAUGAAUUAAUAAAUGUAAUUGGUAAUGUAGAAUUAUAUGAUAAUUUAAUAAAAUUAGAGGGAUUAAUGUUACAAUCUUUAGAAAUGGAUGAAUUAAAACUACCUAUAUUAAAUCCAGAAAUAAAAAUAUAUCUAAAUAUGUCUAAUUUUAAAGUAGUGAGAAUUAUAAGUAAUAAUGAAGAAUAUGAUUAUAUUAUACCUACUUCUAGGUGCAAUACUGAAGAUUUAGUAAAGUUUGAGUAUAUAUUAAAGGAGCAGUUAGUAAGAUCUUACGAUUCUAAAAACUCUAAUUUAGUUAAAAAAAAAAAUUUAAUUGUGAGAUCUUUAAAAAUAAUAAAAUUUAUGCUUGUGCCAAUGAAUUUUUACAAAAAGACAAAAAAAAUAAAAGAAUCUUUAAUAGAAUUAAAUAGUUUAUUUUAUUAUAAAUCCAAAAGAUUAAAUAAGACCUUAAUUUAUCAUAUAAAAUACAAAAACUGGUUAUUUCAAUUUAAUAAAUCAAAUUAUAAAAAUAUUAGAAAGAAAUUGUUUACACAUAUGCCAAUUUAUACUAACUCAGAUAUAAUUGAGCAUAAUGAUUUAUUUUUUACUACUAAUUCAGAUAUUAAUUCAAUGAAAAAGUUAGAUUAUUUAUCAAAUUUUUAUAACCUGGGAAUAUAUAAUUUAAUAGGUUCUCAUUUUAUAGUUUUAGGGCAUUUUAUCGUCCUAAAGUUAGCUCUUAAAUACUUUUUUAGGUAUUUUGAGUUAGGAAGUGUAAAGUUUUAUAGUUGGCAAAAUAUUUUACAAUUUAAUAUAUCAGAUAGAUUUAAAGCGUUGGAUUUACUUUGUAAUAGAACUGUUAAUUAUGAAGCAAAUAUAAAAAGGAGAAAAAAGUAUUUAAAUAGUAAUUUAAUAUCACCAUUAGAAGAAUGUGGAACAUUAGAGUUUUUAAUUAAUUAUUUUAAUACAUAUCAGAUGGAGUUGUAUGCUUAUGCAAACCAAAUAAAUUUAAAUGUUCAAAUUUUAUUAGAGAAUAACCAUUUGAAAGAUAAAUUUUUUGAUUUUAUGUGCAAUAAUUAUGAGAAUUGUAAUAUAUAUGAAAGUGAUAAAUUUAAAAAUGAAUAUAAUGAAAUAGUGUUAAAAAAAAAUGAAAAAAAUGAAUUUUCAAGAGGUAUUUGUUCUAAAUCUUAUGGAAUAAAUGCAUUUGACAUAUACAUAAAUUUUCUCUAUUUCAUAAAAUAUUACAGUUAUUAUAAUAAAAAUAAUAUUUUGUAUGUACAUCUUUUAAACCUAAUUGGAAUUUUAAAUGGAGAUAGUAAAGCAUAUGUGAGUUCUAUUUAUUUACCAGGAUAUUAUAAUAGUAUUGAAACAUGUUACAUGAAAGAUAAAAAUAGAAAAGUACCCAAUGUAAAAGAUCCAAUAUUAAAUUUUAAAAAAUAUGAUUCAGAAAUAUGUCAAAAUGAAAACAAUAUAACCAUGCUACAAAAAUUUUAUAUUUAUGUUAUUGAAGUUUUGAAAAUUAAUAAUAUAAGUUCAUUAAUAAAAAAUAUGAAAAUUUUUGAAGAUUAUAGUAAUUUUUUAAUGCAUGAUGUAAAUUGGUUCACUUUUUUAUUAUUGUUUAGACUAACUUCAUACAUGAGUAAUUAA